AUGGGUAAUGGGUGUGAGUCGGACGAGACGUUUUGUGGCCCCGCUCGACUCCGCCCAUGUCAUCCAUCAAUCACUCCAUGUUAUGAUCACAUGCGGCAGCAGAUACAAGAGGAGAACAUGGCGAGAGAGGACGCUCACGUUGGAAGGAUUGCGACAGCGCCAGCGAAAAACCAACUCAUCGUCGAGGUCGACGCGACUCAUGGGGCUCUAGCUGACCGCCUGAAAUGGAUGCAAGGGUGA